AUGUUCAAAAUUUUCAGCAUGGAAUCUCAGCAUACAAUCGGCUAUGGCUUUCGUUAUAUGACGGAUAAUUGCCCUGCAGCCUAUAUUAUACUGCUGAUUCAACUAGUGGUCGGCGUAUUUCUUCAGACAAUGCUCACUGGCAUCGUUCUUGCCAAAGUUCUACGACCGAAGAAGCGGAAACAAGAAAUGCGAUUCUCUCGUAUGGCUGUCAUUGGGCCGCUUGAUGAGCACGAUAGACGGCCAGCGCUUAUGAUCCGCUUGGCUGACAUACAAGAGAAGCUGUUUUUGGCCGAGUCUCAUGUACGACUAUAUAUGGCCAGUAGCAGGAUAAAUAAUCGCGGGGAUCGAGAACUGAUAGGGGUGAAGGAUAUGAAUGUCGGCUACGACAGUGGAUGGGAUCGAAUACUUCUGCUCUGGCCAAUUAUUGUCAGACAUGUGAUUGACGAGUCCAGUCCACUACAUGGCAUCACAAGAGAAUCUCUACACUCAGCUGAAUUCGAAUUAAUAAUGACUGUCGAGGGUAUUGUCGAGGCAACGGGUAUGACAUUUCAAGCCAGAACAUCUUUUCUCCCCAAUGAAAUUCUUUGGGGGCACAAGUGA